CUGUCACAAGUGUCAAAUUAAUUUUUUGGAACGCGGCGUCUUUUCCUCAACAACAGGAAUGAGCAAACAUAAUGCCGAAGAGACUAAUCCUUGUCUGAGGGAACACGAAUUGAGUUUUAAGUGCUUCGAUCGUCACAAUUACGAUAAGUCGAAGUGUUUCCUCGAAAUCGAAAAUUAUAAGGCGUGCAAGAAGUUCUGGGGCGAAGUGAGAGCUUCCAGGAGACGCCAAGGAAUUUAUCCCCUUUUACCCCCUGUAGAAGAAAGAGCAACAAUCAAAGAAACCUUCCUGAAAACAGGAAAAAUCCCUUAAACUGUGACUUAGUAGUAGUUAAUUUUAGAUAGGAGCUAUUUAAAUACACUAAAGGCAUAAUAAUGGAUAGUUCGAAUUUUAAGGAAUAUGACUUUGUUUGGGCCAAAAUGAUGGGAUAUUGUCACUGGCCUGGUAUAGUAAUGAAACCAGCAGAAAAUGCCCCGACAAAACCCAGCAAAGACAUGCAAUGGAUCUACUUCCUGGGAUCGCACAACUAUGCCUGGAUCGAGCAUAAAAAUAUCAAACCUUAUCUGCAACACAAG